UGCGGCGUGGUACGGUGUGUGUUAUAGCGUGUAUACUGUGUAUUGCGUGCAGCAAUAAGUCGAUAUCUUGUGAACAAGUCAGCAGCACCGAAGUUGUAUUUUAAACGUAGCUCGCUGCAUAAAAAUGUCCGUUCUUAUGCCGAAUGAUUCGUGUAGUUCAGUUAUUCCACCAGGAACGAACAGUGUGCCAUUGCCAGUACCCGUACAGUCACCACACUCUAUGUCUAACUCGAUUCCAAUCAGUGCUGCGGGGUUGCCGGGCGUUUUUCUCCACCAGGCACCGCAAGUGGUGAGCCCACCAAUGCAACUUCCCGUAACACACUCGUCCAACAUAUCCAAGAUUAUGGCGGACCCUUCAACAGAAAAACAGCACCCACCGACAACCAACAAUUCAGAUUAUUUAGCGCAACUGAUCAACGACAAGAAGUCACUGGUUUUAGUACCGAACAUGUUCAUGCACGUAGAGAGAAUAAUUGACGAAGAAAUAAACAAAGUACGCAAGAGUAUGUACAACUUCACCCCUGAGACACAGCCCCUCAUGCUUCCAGACCCCAAUGGCGUGACGACUACACUCUCAGAAAAGCUGUUUGUUCCAGUAAAAACCUACCCAGACUUCAACUUUGUUGGCAGAAUACUUGGUCCCCGAGGCAUGUAUGCCAAGCAGUUAGAGAAAGAGACAGGAUGCAAGAUCAUGGUCCGAGGAAAGGGCUCAAUAAGAGAUAAGAAGAAGGAAGAACAAAACAAAGGCAAGCCCAACUGGGAGCAUCUUGAAGAUGAUCUCCAUGUGCUGGUCACUGUGGAUGAUACACAAAACAGGGCAGCCAUGAAGAUGGAGAGAGCCGUCUCACAAAUCAAGAAGUUACUAGUACCCACGGCUGAUGGUGAGGAUGAGUUGAAGAAAAGACAAUUGAUGGAACUCGCUAUGAUGAAUGGAACCUUCAGGGACAGCAACUUGAACUUAAAACCACACCAAACCAGCAACCCCAACACACCUCUAAUUGAAUUACCGCCUGGUGGCUGCACAUUCAUACCAGCUUCACCACGCCCAAUGGUCCCACCUGGUGCAGCAUUGAUCCCUCAGCCUCUUCGCUCACCGACACCUGCCACACACCCCCAGCUUCUGGCUCAUCCCUCUGGUACCCUCAUCCCUCGGAUGGCGAGUGGCCAGGCUUUACUUGCCAAUGGAAUGGCUCCUCCGAUGGUGUCUUCAGCGGAUGGUACUAGCUUCAUGAUAGCCCCCUACGAGCACUACCCUUAUGCCAUGACUCCAACUAUGCUGGACUACCCUCCUACGCCUUCAGAGGGUACAAUUGGUGCUGUACCCAAAUUACGGAGAGCGAUCAGGGAACACCCCUAUCAAAGGGUCCUUGAUACCAGAGAAUUCCCAGGCAUGGUUUUGGGAGCAACACUGCCCCUAUCCAACCAUCUGAUGUCAUGAAAGUCAUGAUAAGCCAUGGUACAGUACUGCCUAAUUUUUCACAGUAUUUCUAACAUACUUGUCCGUUGACCAGCUUGUACGCUAAAAACAAUCUUUGUAUUUGUUAUUCAGCUAAAACGAGAAUGUAGGGGCAAGAGGAGCGCCCCAACUAAUCCUUUGGUGACCUUUACUGUUCCGGGGUGAUCACUUAUAAGGGGAGUUGCAUUAUCUCAACAAAACUAUCUCAAAUUAAGAUUUUGUACUUAAAAAUAAAUCAAAUCUCAAGAUUUAGUUUUUUAAGAUGAGGGGGCAAAACUAAAUGUCGCAUAUCAGGAAGUGAAAGGUAUGCCCAGCAAACUAAUCGAUUGAAAUCAGAUGCACAGGAUUUGUUUGUAUCAAACAGAUGCAUGCAUGCGAUAUAAAAACAGACUUUCUGAUAACACUUUAAGUGGGACAUCCCCAGUAAAUAAGCUGCCCUUUGGAACAGUAAAGGUAUAAAUCAUGUAGAAACCUUUGAAACAAAUUGGAGCUCAAAUGCAUCGAGUAAAAAACACCCAGUUGCUUAUUUUUGUUUCAUUGCUAAGGUUAAACAUGCAAACUGAUCUCUAAACAAGGUCCAAG